AUGUAUUCACUCUGGGUUUAUCUUGAUUCCGCAGCACUCCCGCUGCAGAUAAUUGCACUAUUGGUGAACUCUUUGCACUUGCUGGUUCUUAUCCGAAAACCUCUCCGUUGCUGUGGCAUUUUUAUAUUUAUGCUGGCAAUAUGUCUCGCUGAUAUUACCAAUUAUUCAUUAUCAUUUACCGGCGCAGCACGCCGGUAUAAACAUGACUACAUGCUGACACAAAUGUAUAUAGAAGACAGGAUGAACCCAUUUCUUGUAUAUGGCUGGAUAAUAGUUGAUGUUCCUGGGCAACUCAUGGCGUUGUUUUACAGUAUAACACGGAAAUACUCUGUGUGGUUGGCUGUCGUAAUGUCUGCUGUCCGAACUUUGUCAGUAUUAUUUCCAAUGCACAAUCGAAUUCAGAAGAUCAAUGAGAAAACUGUCAGUGUUAGAAUUUCUAUCGCUGUAUUUAUUUUUGUCAUGUUCGUGGACUUUACAGAAUUGGCUAUGACUUAUCGAAUCAAAUGGCUUCCUAGUAUACUUUUUUAUAAUAAUAGCAAGUCCAAACCAGAAUGGCAGCAUUAUGUACUAGUCGAUUGUUUUAGCUGUGUUACAUCACUCCAAAUACACAUUAGCAUAUGUUCUCGUUUCGUACCAUCUUUAAUAUACCCGAUUCUCACAACCAUAUUGAUUUUGCAACUUCGAACAAUUAAGAAGAGAAAAGCAAAUUUGCUUAAGUCCACCAGCUCGAAUCAGUCCGAUAAUAAGUUCAAAAUGAUAUUAUGGCUGACAAUUACAUUUAUGCUAUCUGAAGGAUUAACUGGUUUUACAGGAUGGAUGCAAUUAUAUAAUAUGAAUAUUCAUAUUGAUACUAGUCAAAAGUUCGCGAGAUUUUGGGUAUCGACUUAUUAUGCAAUGUUCACGGUGAGAGCUGUAAAUUCAUUAUCACAUAUUCUAAUAUGUGCCCUGAUGUCGACGGUGUAUCGGAUGGAACUGAAAUCUAUUUUUUGUAAAAAGAAAAUGCUGUCUGUGACUGUUGUGAAGCCGUAUUCGAAAUAA